UCGGAAGAGAGGCGGCUACAGGGACAGAGAAAGUAAAGAUCCCAUUACGCCCACAGCUCCACAAUGACAUCACCGGGUCUAAAAUGAAGCGCAAGAGGGAGAUGGGAGGAACCCCACUUAUUAGAUUUCGUCGAAGGGUCCUGUUCACAAAUGAAGAUGCUGCUGCGCCUCUGUGAGGCAGGCUGCGAUGUGCGCCGGCGGAGCAGCUGAAUCAUGGCAUCCCGGUGAACUUCUGAGGAGACAAAAGCGCCAAGGACCGAGUAACAACUCAUGAAAGGCUCAGACUGAGGCGACUCUGCGGGGAUCCUUUCACUACAGAAGAAACAGCGCGUUUUGACUUCAUAUCUUGCUUCAUGCGCACGGCUGGAGAGCUUGAGGACUGUUUUGUGUGCUUAAAAUGGACUUGGAAGACCUGCCGUGGAGGAUGCAAGGGAGCUAACAUUUGGAAACAACAAAGAGACGAAACGAGUAAACAACUUAGACUCCUGGAAACCCAAUCCCAGCAUGGCCUCGGCUCUGGACAGCGGCUGCUCCAUGGAGCUGAGUGACUUGAACAGCAGUGUGAGCAGCACCGGAGCCUCAGUCCCCUGCAACCAGAGCAUCCUGAAGCUCGCCCCUUACUCCCCAGAAGCCACGGCGGCAUUCGCCACCGCCAUAACCUUGAUGGUCGUCUUCACCAUCGUGGGGAACAUCAUGGUCAUCAUCGCUGUCCUGACCAGCCGGUCACUCCGAGGUCCGCAGAAUCUGUUCUUAGUGUCACUGGCUGCUGCAGACAUUUUAGUGGCCACUCUCAUCAUCCCAUUCUCUCUGGCCAAUGAACUGCUUGGCUACUGGUACUUUAAGUCUCUGUGGUGUGAGAUCUACCUGGCGCUGGAUGUGCUGUUCUGCACCUCCUCCAUUGUGCACCUGUGCGCCAUCUCACUGGACCGCUACCUGUCCAUAUCCAGGGUUACCUACGGGCGUCAGCGGACUCCCAAACGCAUCAAAGCCGCCAUUGUGGUGGUGUGGCUCAUCUCUGCCAUCAUCUCCUUCCCUCCCCUGCUUUCCCUGAACAAAAGUGAGGGAGGAGACCAGGCGAGUGAGAGAGGACCUCAGUGCCAGCUGAAUAAUGAGCGCUGGUACAUCCUUUACUCCACCAUCGGCUCCUUCUUUGCUCCAUGCCUCAUCAUGAUCCUGGUCUAUGUAAGAAUCUACCAAAUUGCCAAGCAGAGAACACGUUGCCCACCAGGAGAGCCCAGGAAGGAUGGGGUCGGCUGUGCUACACCAAGUCAGCCUCCACGCCAUGUACAAGCCAACGGGAAGGAUGAUGAAGAAAGUACACCCCCUUCAUCGAACAAAACCUCCAAUGCCAGACCCCCCACCCUCGCCAUCACCCCUUCUCCUUCCCCAGGAGAGUCUCAAACCUCCCAGAAUCCCACCUCCAAUAAUCUCCUGCAACCUCCAUCCCCUUCUCCAGCCAUGACCCCUGUCUCUGCCUCCCUUGAUACCUCUCCUCAUGGCCCCUCAGCCCCCUCCUCCGUGCCUCAGUGUGCCCCUGCCAAGACUAAAAAGGAGGGGAAGAAGGGCAAGCGGCAGGGAGGGAAAAAAGCCGACAAUAACAAUGGCGACAGCUCAAGCACAGACAGCGAUAUGGAGCACAGCCAUGGAGGAGGCAGAGGCAGCACUAGCAUGCCAGGGUCACCUGCAGGAGGGGGGGUCCACUCCCCGGCCUCAGUCAAGCGCUACCGGGACAUGAUCGCCACUUCAAAGGGGGCUCGGCUGGUGCCAGGGAGGAAGUCAAAAACAGAGAACAACCCUGGAGCAGCUAGGCGUAAAGCGAUGGUCAACAGAGAGAAGCGUUUCACCUUUGUUCUGGCGGUGGUCAUCGGUGUCUUUGUGGUGUGCUGGUUCCCUUUCUUCUUCUCCUACUCUCUGCAGGCAGUGUGCCCAGAGACGUGUGCCAUCCCUGAUCCGCUCUUUACGUUUUUCUUCUGGAUCGGUUACUGCAACUCCUCACUUAACCCAGUCAUAUACACCAUCUUCAACAAAGACUUCAGGAAGGCCUUCAAAAAGAUACUGUGCAGAAGCACCAAGGGCACUUUCUUUUAGCACACAAAUCAGAUGUACAGGACAUGGACACAAAUAAUUGCUAUUUCUGAGGCAUAGAAUAAUCAUUUCCAUCCUCAGAACACUCAAAGGGCUGUUUUAAUACAUGUUGAACUGUGGAAAUUCAAGCAUAAAAAUCAGAACACUCUUUUACAGCCACAGUGUGCGCAAACAGGCAACCUGGACUGUGAAAUUCCACUUUGCAGCUGAUACACACAUAAAUCUUUGCAGGGUGCGGGGUGAAAUAGGACAUGGAAUAGAAACAGUGCUAGACACUAAACGGCUUAGCACGUCAGUAUUGCUGAUAAGAUUUUGAAUGCAAAGUUUUUAUCUUGAGAUCGCAUCGAAUAACGGAUAAUGCUGGGACACAGAGUGGUGCAGAAUCAUGUACACACACUCUGUAAGAGACCACAGAAGGUGGUGAAGAAAACAGGAAAAUAGCUAAGAAAUAAUUACUGAACGAGAAGAAAGACUGUUUAAUGUAUAAUAUAUAAGCUUUGUAGUUAUUAAGGACUCCAGGACUAAUGGGGAAAGAAAACAGGUUAAAAAAAAGAAGGAAAAGUGGCCUUAGAUUCCUGGGAGCCUAGGGCCCUUUGUUUAUCAAUACAGAGCACAAGGAGCACACAAGGUUAGUGGUGAUUUCUUACGUCUGCAGUCUUAAUUUGCACAGCUACAGGGCAAACAUGUGUUCCUCGAUUUUUAUCAAAAGCGCAACAACAAGAGAGGGUUUCUGACAAUCUCAAAUGUGAUAGCACAGACAAGGGCACCCUUUCAAACUGAACUCGUGGACUUUUAUGUGGAAAGCCUUCAUGUCAGACACCUCGCUCUUGGCUCAGUAUGGGUCUUAAUGGACACUCAGGUUGUUUGUAAUGACACUCUUGGCUUUCACCUUUCAUGAAAUACAGAAUAAGCUGCAGUGUGGUGGAUUGUGGACUUGAAUGAAAAGCACACAUAUGUUAUUGAGAUGUAAAAGAAAGACAGCAUCAUUCUCUCAACUUAACUUUCAUGCUUUUUAACUUAACCUGGGACUAUCACAAUAAUGGACCGGACUGAGCAAACCCUCUAAUGUACUCAGUGUUUGGACUAUCAAGUAACCAUCAAAACUGUUUAUAACUUUUGGAAAGUGCUUCAGAGGUCAUUAACAGUAUCUAACGGGAGGUGCAUCUGCUGAAGACUGAAAAAAAACCUAGAUUCUAAUACCAUUUACCAUGUGAACAUUAUUUUCCAGAUACCCUGCUUCACGACAGGCAGAUGUAUUUAGCAGGUAGACAUCUACAUUGACUGAAAAGGACACAUGAACAAUGCAAUUAUGGAUGUGUAAUGUUACCCCUAAUUACGCCUACAUGGGUUAUUCUGGCAACCCUUUGGCUGAGUCACUCUUUACCAACGCCUCUGGCACAUCAUCGCCUGCAGUGGACCUCUACAUGACACAUUUGGUUUGUUGCUAAGUGGCGAGAGGAUGAAUGGUACAUUUAUUUUUCUCACCAAGAGGCUGAGGCUCUGUCAGUUUUCUUGACAAAAAAAGAAAAAAAAGAAAAGAAAAUGUGUCUGUAACAGGACACAGGCUUAUUGACUCCAUGGGACAAGGGCUGUCGGCAGCAACACUUCAAUUUACUAAUUGUCUAAUUCUGCUGACCUGUGUGAAUGUGUGCGUAUGUGCGUGUGAGUGUUGACUUUAAUGUUUUUCUGUAGAAAGUGUCAGUGCCUCCUCUGGCUGCUAUGUGCUACAGAUUUACUGUAAUAUUGAGAAGAAUCCUGGUAUAAGCAUCAUUUUGCUGUCUGUCAUGUGAAUGUUUCUACUUGAUGGGAAGUAAUAUAUCGCUAUGUUGAGAGAGUCUUAUCUGAACUGAAAGUCAGUGUUUUUAUCAGUGAUAUUGAGUACAUGGCUUUUUAGUGAUCACCCUCAAGGGACCAAAGAGCCUUACAGGACACCAGCCUGACUCAGUGAUAUGUGGCUCUGUGUUGCUUUAACAAAGUAUUACGGUUGAAGAUUGCAAACACUGUAUUAUUUAUUUCAAACUAUUUGUGUUUUCUGUCUGUUAUAUUUAUUGUUCAGUUAUUGUGCUUUUAUUCUGAAAGUCAAGCAAAGUGGAACUGAACAAAGAGUGAGAACACUGUACAGAUUUUUAAUAUCGAAUAAGAGCAAAAUUGGUUCAUAUCAUUGAGCUCUUGCUAUGUGAGACUGAGCUAUGUUUGAGGUUGGGGGGUGUAUUUGUGUUGAAUGAACAUGAACUUUGAGUUAUGUGCAUAAUGCAGAACCUACAAUGCAACAUUUGUCAUCAUUUCUUCAUCUAGUUAUAGUAUGGUAAAAUGUUCAAUCAGAGAUACAAGCACAUUAAUGGAUGUACAAUUUAUUAAGCAUACCGCAGCAGGAGAAUCUCGUCACCAGUGCUACUGUCAAACUUUUCCUGAAACAGUAAUCGAACAUGAAAAUGUCAAUAGCACCCAAAGCCAGUUUCAGUUGGACGAUUUGCAGGACAUUAAGAUUACAAUCCAUACCACACACAGCCACUUGGAGAUUCAGAUAACACAAUAAAAAGAAAAUGGUUGAGAGUAAGAGCUCUGUGCACUUGUGCAACUGCUCCCUGUCCACAUCUGAAAUGGUUAUUUUCUCUCCAGAAAUACAAACAGCAAUAGCAAAGCAAUUAUAACAAAAAUAGCCACAGAGGUCAUGGAUUCAUGGCUGUUUCCAAUAAAUAUGAGUUGUAAUGCUGCUCAAACCCCACCAACCAUGGCUUUAUGUGGUGAGACUGCUGCUUAGUUUAUUUUAAAAAGUUUAAAUAAUGGCUUAAAGGUGACAGAUGUAGUGAUCUGCCUCUUGAUCACCAUCCUUUCCCCUGAAACCGCCUGUAUUGUCUCUUCUCCUACUGUGUUUGGACCAAACUUCUUGGUCUGAGCUUUACAGUCUUCUAUCUCCCAUCUGUCAUCAUCCCUCUCCAUUUUCGGAAAUAAAGCUACUUGAAAAAGCA